AUAGUUUGCAACCCUGACGGUAAUACGGAGAUGACUCAGAAAUGUCAAAAUUUGCAAAGUAGAAAGGGUUUAGUGUUAUUUGUAUCGACCAUAAAAGCUCUGCAGUAACAAUAAUUUGUAAAUUUCGUGUUUCAAAUCAAAAAUAUGGUUGUUAAUUGUGAUGUAGUAGUGCAAUCAAAUAAGUGAAAUUCCGUCAGAUUUAUUUUUAACUGUAGACAAAAAACCAGUCAAUCUAUUUUGCAUAGAUAAAAACAUAAAUAGCAUAUGCCAACUAUGGUGGAUAACGCAGUUAUUAGCAGUACCAAUAUUCCUUCAGUUUCAAAUGACACUUCAACGGGUAGCAAUGUACUUAUUGACCCAAUAUUCCUUCAGACAAAAUUAUGCCAGACCAUAGCUGGAUUAUUUGUUUGGGCAGCUUUAUUUCUUACUUGUAGCCAAAUAUAUCACCAUCUCAGGUGGUAUACAAAUCCUGCUGAACAACGUUGGAUUGUUAGAAUAUUAUUUAUUGUACCUAUAUAUGGGACCUAUUCUUGGAUAAGUCUCUUAUUUUUUAACUCUGAAAGUUAUUAUGUAUAUUUCUUUACAGUUCGUGAUUGCUAUGAAGCAUUUGUGAUCUAUAACUUUUUAUCUCUUUGCUAUGAAUAUCUCGGUGGAGAGAGUAACAUUAUGUCAGAAAUCAGGGAAAAACCUAUUAGAUCUAGUUGUAUGUAUGGAACUUGUUGUUUAAAUGGUAAAACAUAUACUAUUGGCUUUCUAAGAUUUUGUAAACAAGCAACCCUUCAAUUUUGUUUAGUUAAACCGUUAAUGGCAUUUGUUAUUAUAUUUCUGCAAGGUUUUGGUCACUACAGGGAUGGUGAUUGGAGCCCAGAUGGUGGUUAUUUAUAUAUUACCAUCAUAUACAAUAUAUCCGUUUCUCUUGCCUUGUAUGGACUCUUCUUAUUUUAUUUUGCUACUCGAGACCUUCUUACACCUUUUGAACCAGUAUUAAAGUUCUUCACAGUAAAAUCAGUUAUUUUCUUAUCCUUCUGGCAGGGAGUUGGUUUAGCUAUUUUAGAAAAAGCUGAUGUUAUCUCUCCUAUUAUAGACAAUAAUGGAACACGUACAUCUGCUGGUACAGUCUCAGCAGGUUAUCAAAAUUUUCUGAUAUGCAUUGAAAUGUUUUUUGCUGCUGUAUCAUUGAGAUAUGCGUUUCCUUAUAAGAUAUAUGCUCAAGGAUGCCGAACUGAUUCAAGAGGUAGAUCGGUGACAAUGCAAAGCAUCUCAAGUAGCCUCAAGGAAACUAUGAAUCCUAAAGAUAUUAUGACCGAUGCCAUCCACAAUUUCCAUCCUCAGUACCAACAAUACACUCAAUACAGCUCAAACAUGAUUUCACGACAGCCUUAUGAAAGUUUGUGACAUUCGCAGUUCAGUGAUGAUUAACUCGAUUUAUUAAAUUGAGGGUCAUCCUUGGACUGGGUUUUAAAGAUACAAGGUAAUGCUUUUGGAUUGAAUAAAAUCCUUUUGAUUGAUGAUAGUAAUAACACGGUUUAUUCAUUGAAUAUAUGUAUCAAUUAGAGAUAUAUGCUUAGAAAUUUUCACUUUAGGCUUAUCUAAAUCUUUGUACUUAAUUGAAAGGUACGUACUUAAAACAAGUGAAAUUUGCAUCCCCCAAUAUCUUGAGUUAAAUCAAAGUAGGUCAAUUUUAAACUCCUUUUUUUUAUGUAUCGAGCAACAAAAAUUUGGAGAUGAACAAUUUUAAAAAAUAUUGACUUAUAUUGGUGAUUUGUACAUUUGAUUAAAAUUUGAAAAUAUUUGGUGGUGCAAAUUUUAUUCAGGUCUAAUUCAUGUUUGAUUUUCUAAAUUUUAUUAAUUCGAUUUUAAUUGGGAUUGUUCCAUCUGAAAGCAGUUAUUUUGUGGAAAAUUAUAUUGACUAUUUGAAGACAUUUUACUACCUGUUACUGUAAUAAUUAAAAUUGACGAUCCAAUACAAGAAUAUCUUUGUUUGGUAUGAUCUAUAAACGUUGAUUAUUUUUUUUACUUAUUGUAGUUAAUUUAAGAUAUCUAUAAUCAAUAAAUGUGUUAUAAAUGG